CCUGACGACCAGAGGAGCCAGGAGCUAGGACGCAGAGUGAGGACGCGGGCAAGGGAGCAAGGACGCAGAAAGGAUCCUACGAGAAAGAAGGAGACAACGAAAGAGGAGAAGAGAGAGAAGAGCCAAGAGGAGGAGAGACAUAAGGACUGGUUGUGAGAGCGGAGGCUGUUGAAGUGGCCCUCUCCAGGGUAACGUACCUUCUCCAGGCUCGUCUCUGCUCUGGUCCACACAGGAGGAGGAGGAGGUGGUUUGAUCUGGUUGAUGAGUGGUUCCUCUUAGCUGGUUUUGGAUGGGACUUUGAGAGAUGGAGGCACCACAGCGCUGUUGGAGGAGCUACAGGAGACCCUCUGUCCUCCUCUUCCUCCUCUCUCUGUCCUUCCUCUUCUUCACACUGCCUUUCACUCAGGGAUCUCUACACGUCCCCCCAAACUUACCAGAACCUCCAGUGCUGCUGUCCACCCCGGAGUCCUUGACAGCCUUUUCUUCGAACGACAUCUCUCUGGACUGUGAGGCCAGAGGAAACCCCACGCCCACUUUCCGUUGGGUGAAAGAUGAUGUGGCGAUGGAUCUGGACCUCGUUGGUAAAGGGACGAUUCGCGCAGAUAAAAACGACACUCUGGAGGAUUACCACGGCUCCUAUCGCUGCUACGCCUCCAACACACUAGGGACCGCUGUGACACAGACUGUGCACGUCACCGUAGAACGUCAUCCAGUUCUUCAGAAUCAGAAGAAAAAGAUCGAGCAAAAGUUUGAAGGGGACAGUCUGGUUAUGUCCUGUAAUCCUCCAGAGAGCUCCACCCCUCCACACAUUCACUGGAUGGACAGGAAGAUGGUCCACAUAAAGCUGAAUGACAGAGUCACAGCUGGUCUGAAUGGAAGCCUGUACUUCGCAAACCUCCUGAAGUCUGACUCCAGGCCCGACUACACCUGCAACGCCCAGUACGCCGAGGCCAUGACUGUUCUGCCUGAAACCUCCGUCUCCCUCACUGUCCUGUCCAGUAACAGUGUGCUAACCGGGAGGAAGCCCGACCUCUUCACUCCCUCUGGCCUGCGCAGCUCCAUGCUCGCUCUGAAAGGGAACAGUCUGACACUCGAGUGCAUCCCCAGUGGACUACCUACUCCCAAAGUGGAAUGGAUAAAGAAGGACGGGCGCCUGGAGGACACCGGAGCAGAGGUGACCAACUACGGCCGCUGGCUUCACUUUGAGAGUGUGGAGCAGAGCGACGAUGGAGAGUACCAGUGUAGAGCCCACAACGAGCAUGGAGAGGCAAAACACUCCUUCACUGUCACUGUGGAAGCUGCUCCAUACUGGGUGAAGGCGCCCCAGAACCUGAUGUAUGCACCUCGGGAGAACGUCCGUCUGGACUGUCAGGCUGAAGGUAUCCCCACCCCCAACGUCACCUGGAGCAUGAACGGACUGCCACUAUCAAAAGUGGAUCCAGAACCUCGGCGUACUGUCUCAGGCAGUGUUCUCAAACUGAUGGACGUUGAGGUUUCAGACACUGCAGUUUUCCAGUGCGAGGCCCAAAACAAACACGGCUCCAUCCUCCUCAACACCUACAUCAACGUUGUGGAGCUCCCGGCGCAGAUCCUAACAACGGAUGGUCAUCGGUACAGAGUCACAGAGGGAGGAGACAUUACCCUGCAGUGUGAAGCUUUCGGGUCUCCACAACCACACGUCACAUGGGAGCAGAAGAACUCGUCCCCGCUCCUCUCUCUCUCUCACGUGUCUCUUCUGACUGAUGGGACUCUGCAGCUGUUCAACACGAGCCACAGUGACAGUGGAGAGUACAUCUGCUCAGUGCAUCAGAGCAACAUCAGCAUCACCGCACAUCUGGAGGUCUAUGACCGGAGUGUGAUUGUGACCAGUCCGGAUCAUGUUCGUGCUGUCAGAGGCUCCACCACUCUGCUCCACUGUGAGGCGUUGACCGACCCUCGGCUAAAACACGACCGGCAGAUUGUCUGGAGGAAAGACGGGCUCAAGAUACAGGAGUCCUCUGCAGACGACAAGUUCACUGUGUUUGAGAAUGGGACUUUGAGAGUGAGCAGUGUUCACACAGACGACAGUGGAGAGUACAGCUGUGAGGUCAUCACCAGCCUGGACCACGUCCACGUCAGUGGAGCCAUCAGCGUCAUUGCUCCUCCAGAUCCGCCCGUUGGCCUGUCUCUGUCUGAGGACGAUGGCCACAUGAGCAUCACCCUGGGCUGGACUCCAGGCUUCCACCACAACAGCCCCAUCACUGAGUUCAUCGUGGAGGCGCGUGAGCAGCAGCACACAGAGAAGUCCAGGUGGAAGUGGGAGGAGCUCAGGAGGGUCCCAGGAGACGUGAACGAGAUCGAGCUCCGCCUCCACCCAUUCUGCACCUACAGGUUCAGAGUGACCGCUGUGAAUGAACUAGGCCCGAGUGAACCCAGCCAGGCCUCCCCGGAACACAGCACCCAGCCUGCAAUUCCCACCAGUAACCCGACCGGAGUGCGCAGUGAAUCCAAAGAACCAGGAACUCUGGUCAUCACGUGGGAUGAGAUGGAGAAGCGUUUUCAUAACGGGCACGGCUUUAUGUACAAAGUAUUUUGGCGCCAGGCGGGAAAGAAAGACCAGCGCUGGCACUCCAACUCCACAAGCUCCCCUCCGUUCGUGGUGACGGGCACGGGCACCUACACCCCCUUUGAGAUCAAAGUCCAGGCUGUCAAUGCCAUCGGAGAAGGCCCUGUUCCAGAGGGAGAGAUCGGACACUCCGGAGAGGACGUGCCCCUGGAGGCCCCUGGUGGAGUGAACGUCACAGUGGUGAACAGCACAGCGAAGGUCAAGUGGAACGAGGCUGAAAACGUUCGUGGUCUGCUGCUCGGAUACAAGAUCUACAUUCGGAGAGUGGGCCUUAAAUCAGAGCGCCGCCGCAGGUCGCUAGGAGAACAGGUGAUUGCGGGGGAGGCAGGGCAUGAAGAGGAAGAGGAGGAGGAGAGUGAGAGAGUGGUGGAGGUGCGAGGGAUGAAGACUUCACAUGAGAUCUCAGGACUGAAGCUUUACUCCUUGUAUGACCUGUCAGUCACCGCCUUUAACAGCAAAGGACAGGGCCCGCCUUCCCCCAUGUACCGCUUUGAGACGCCCGAGGGAGCUCCUGGACCUCCUGCGUCUCUGACAUCUGAAAGCCCCACAGACACUUCCCUCAUCCUCAUCUGGACUCCUCCUCUGGAGACCAACGGCAUCCUGCUCGGAUACACCGUGCAAUACCAACAGGAGGGAGGAGAUAACACAGAGCACAUAGAGAUCAGACACCCCCACACCACUCACCUGGAGCUGCCAUCUCUAAACUCCAGCACCUAUUACCUGUUUAACGUGAGGGCCCAAACUGCUAAAGGACACGGACCGGCCAGGGGACUCCGGGCCGCCACGCUGCUCGAUGGAGCUCCUCCCUCAAACGUCUCCAUGUUUUUUGGAGACACGUAUCUGAACCUGAGCUGGGUCCCAGGCCCCAGAGACAGAAACCACGGCUUCCACAUCGACUACCGGCGAAAGGGAGCUGGAGAGACGUGGGAGGUGUCUGAGCAGGUGAACUCCACGCAGGGCUUCUACUCUCUGACGGGACUCGAACCGGGAACCACGUACCACCUGCGCAUCCUGCACCACAACAGCACACAGUGGGAGCAGAUCGUGCAGACCAAAGGACCAGAUGUGUCGGAGAUGCCCGGAGGAUUUGCGACUCAGGGUUGGUUCAUCGGACUCAUUAGCGCCAUCGUGCUGCUGGUGCUGAUACUGCUCAUCCUCUGCCUCAUCAAGCGCCGCAAAGGAGGAAAAUACGCAGUUAAAGACAAAGAAGACAAAGAGGUGGACUCAGAAGCUCGACCGAUGAAAGAUGAGACGUUUGGAGAAUACAGUGACGGUGAUGAGAAGCGCACGGACAGUCAGCCCUCCCUGUGCCCCAGCAAACUGGGCAGUGACGAUUCUCUGGCCGAGUACGGAGACAGCGUGGACAUCCAGUUCAACGAGGAUGGAUCCUUCAUCGGCCAGUACAGCGGCAGAGGCCCGGUGCCGCACGGCAACGAGAGCUCGAGCCCCGCCUCCCCCAUGACGAACGGGCCGCCUCCGCCCCUGCCCCCUGUGCUCAGCCGACCCAGCUAAACAACCACGCUCUGUGCACUGCCUAAACACCACCACACGCACUGGCAGGACACGUCUGCACGCGUGAAAAUGACUUGGAGUCUGUUCUAAUUUUGAUUUGACAAAAAAUGAAUGAGGUUGUCAAAAGUAUAGAAAAGCUCCACUGUGGAACCUGUGUCUGGGUUCACUGGAAAUCAGGCAUUAGUCUUAUAUACAACUUUCUCCACACAUCGACAAGUUAUUUUGAUGCAUUAACUAUUCACUGCCCAUAGUCAAUAAUGAGUCGACUGACGGGCUGCAGUUCGCUCCUCAGACCACAGUUAAACAUGAGCACGUUGUGUUGCUUAAGGACACAACCGCAGACAACCUUUUUAUUAGUGCGAGUCUAAACAGUGAACAACUAAUUGACAGAGGUGAUAAAGGAGCCAAAAAUUUUACUCAAAUAAGAAUAACGUUACUUUAAAAUAAUAUUACUCAUGUAGAAGUAAUAAGCGGUGGUCCAAGAAAUGACUCAAGUAAGAGUAAAAAAGUAUUUGGAGAAACUAGUGCUCAAGUAAGAGUAACUUAAAGAGUAACUGCUGGGACCGAACAGCUUAUUUAUCAUUUUAAAUUGAUAUAAUUAUGUCAGACACAAAAAUGAAACAAACUAAAACAAAUCUGAAGGAGCUUUUGUCACUUUAGACUCACAAAACUUUUACUCAAGUAACAGUACUGUUACUUCAAACUAAAUAUUACUCAAGAAAGAGUAAAAGUAUGCUGAUCGAAAGGUAUGAUUUCUUUAUAAAGUUACUCAAGUACAUGUAACUGAAUACUACCCACCUCUGCUGAAGGUGGGACAAAAAAAAAAAUCUUCAAAAUCCCCAGGUUUAAUAAAAAUGUUUUAAAUUAUUGUUAAAAUGACUCAAAUCAAGUUUCAUUUGUGAAUCCAAGUCAUUUGAACUGAAGCAGACGUUUCUUUUUCACUGUCGUCUCUGUACAUUCCACAGGUUUAUGCAGUUUACAAUUUACACAGCUUUUAAAUCAACGUAUCUCUGAAAGACAAAACGAAGAUGUUUAGGACAGAUACAGAAGUGGCAUGUUACGAGCAAUCUCUUCUAUUAUUCUCAUUAAUCCUCCGUGUACAGACUCCUACAUAUUUUUACUUCGAUAUUUACUGUUUCUGUUUGGUCGGCCAAUUUGAAGUCACGGUUUUGUAUCUUUGUUGGAGCACAGUUUGGUUUGGUGCAUGUUUCUGGGAAUGAUUUCACUCUUUUUCGACUUGUUCAGGACAGGCCUAAACCUAAGAUGCAUAAUUUGAGCAUUUGAGUUCAAAGCUCCCAUAUUAUGAUGAAGCAGUUUCCUCCGUAAAUACAGACGACAGGGCUUUGUUUUUGAGCUCUCAACAGAAUGUAGCGCUUAGUGGAAAAUGUAAAAAUGGGCAAGGUACAAACCCGAGGCACAACCACUGAAUAUAUAAGGGUCUGCUUAUGCCCUAACCAAGAGCAUCUGGCCAGUCGAAACACGUUGGUGUCCCUUCAUGAAAUAAAAGACUUUUAAUAUAUGCAGUGGGUGUACCUCGGGUUUGUAACUUGCCCUUUUUUACAUUUUCCAGUAAGGGUUGCAUUCUGUUAAGAGUUCAAAAUGUAACCGUCGUAGAGCACCUGUACUGCUACUUUUUUUUUUACGACCCAAUGAAGCUCUACCUUUUUUCUUCAUCUGAAUGCUUUGUUUUCGUCACAGUUUCAAAUUCAAUACAAUAUAUGGCCUCACAUACUAAUUGGCAAAGAUGGGUAAAGUAGCUAGAACUUGUACUUGUAUUUGUAUUUGUAUUUGUUUAUUUAUUUCAUUCAUAAAGUAUGAAAAGACAUCGACAGUGUCACAACAUCAGACAUACAAGAAAAGAAUGAAAAGGAGCAGAAAGAAGAGAAUCUUGAGUACUUAAGAGUAUUGUUACUUCACAAAUAAUAUUACUCAAGUAGAAGUACAAAGUUGCCCAAUAAAUUACUCAAGAGUAAAAAAAUUAUUUGGGAAAACUAAUAUUCUGAUCUGAUUUAUAAUUUCAAGUGAAUAUAAUUAGAACAAUAAAACAUUAAAUAAUACACAGAAUCUGGUGUUUUCAAAAGGACAGACACAAAAAUGAGACAAAGAAACACAAAUGUUCAAUCCAUUACAUAUUGUCACAUGAAGUUUUUGUUACUUUAGACUUUCAGUGGGAAGAACUCAAGUACAAGUACUACUGCACUGUAUAAUAUAUUACUCAAUAAAUAGUAAAAGUAUGGGGUCUGAAAAGUACUCAGAGAAUUUAUGAAGAUGUUACUCAAGUAAAUACCGUUUUGAAACGCACUCCACACUGUUGCCUGUAGAGGGCAGCAGAGAUCCAAGUGUAACUAGUAUGCAAAACUCUACGCCCAAGCAGAAGUGUUCCACAAAUCCUGUUCACAUCCUAAUAUGGGAGCUUGGUGUGCGUGUGCGUGUGUGUGUGAAUGUUGUGUGUGUGCGUGUGUGCAUGUGUGUGUGUGUGACCCGAAGCCUUAAGAGUCCAGUGUGUCCUCUGCUCCUCCCUCUCUCUCACCAAAACCAUUCUCCAUUCUGCAGUUUGGUCUCUCACAAUGAGUUUUAAACAUGUUUUUAUUUGAUGACUUCUUUGUUCAGUUCAUUUGUUUUGCUUUUAAUCUGAACUGAAGUGCGUCCAGAGCAGGUCUGUGUGAAUCCUAUGCAUCUGAAGUCAACGAUAUGUUUUAUAUUGUAGGAAGUGGACGUCGUUGCUCCAUUUGGCACCGUUUUUCAAUUUCUGAGAUCUGUUUGCUCAGAUUUACGCUUGAUCAAAUUUACUUUUGGUAUAUAAAAGUUUUUAUUAGUAAAUAUUCAGUUGUCAUAGUAAAUUGUGUAUUGAAACAAUUCAAGUGAAGAGGGGCCAAAUGGGGCAGUGACAGUGGAGUGAGGUGAGAGGUCCUGUGUAGCAAACUCAAAUCUGGACCUUCAGACUGAGAGAAAGAGAGAAAAGAGAGAAAGAGAGGGAGGACAGAGAGGACAAAGUAAAUAUGUAACAGUGAAGGGAUAGAAGAGAAUCAGCUGUACUUUUCUCUGAAUGUAAAUACAACCUUAAGAUUGUCAUUUUUUAUUUUUUAUUAUUAUU